CAGAAAAACAGAGCCCUUUUUUUUCGCACGACUUUAGAAAACCGCACGCGUGUGUGCAACAUCUCUCUCUCUCUCUCUUUCUUCUUUAUCCCCCUCCCAUUCAAAAAGGAAAACCACAAUGGCCUUGUAUGAUCCCAGCAGCUUGGCUAAUUUGUCCGAAGUCCGAACAACUCAUAUUCAUUUGAACUGGAACAUCUCGUUUGACGAACGCAAGAUUUCGGGUCAUGUUGUUCUUGACCUGCUUACCGUCGCCAAGGUCGAUAAGGUCGUGCUUGAUACCAGCUAUCUGGAUGUUGCCUCUGCUUCACUUGACGGUCAGGAUUUGAAGUUCCAUGUCGCGGACCGUCAUCCCUCUUUGGGUUCGGCUUUGACGAUUGAAUUGCCGCAAACUGUCGAGCAAGGAACCAAGUUAAAGGUGAAGAUUGAUUACUCCACUACUGAAAAGUGCACUGCUAUCCAGUUUUUGGAGCCAGAACAGACACUCGGCAAAAAGUUUCCUUAUCUGUUUUCUCAAUGCCAAGCUAUUCACGCGCGUUCGUUUGUGCCCUGCCAAGACUCACCCGGUGUCAAGGUCACCUAUUCUGCUGAUGUAACCUCGCCUCUGCGCGUCUUGAUGUCUGCUUUGCAAACGUCGCAGGAAGAUGUCGCUGGCGGUCUCAAGACCUAUCACUUUGUUCAAAAGACGACAAUGCCCAGUUACCUGAUUGCCAUUGCUGCUGGUAACCUCGAGGGCCGUGAGAUCGGUCCACGAAGCACUGUUUGGUGUGAGCCUGAAAUGGUGGAGGCGUGUGCCUGGGAAUUCAAGGAUACCGAGUCGUUCAUUGCCACAGGUGAAAAGUUGCUGACAACAUAUGAAUGGGGUCGUUAUGAUUUGUUGGUUUUGCCGCCAUCAUUCCCUUACGGCGGAAUGGAGAAUCCAUGCUUAACUUUCGUAACUCCUACAAUCGUGACCGGUGACCGCAGCGCGGUUGAUGUCAUUGCGCACGAAAUCUCCCACAGUUGGAUGGGUAACUUGGUGACGACCGGUAACUGGGAACACUUUUGGUUGAAUGAGGGCUGGACCGUCUUUGUCGAACGCAAGAUCCUCGCUUACCUGCACGGUGAACUCGAAAGACAAUUCAGCGCUAUCAUUGGCUGGAAGGCAUUGAAGGAAAGCGUCAAUUUAUUCGGUGCUGAUUCCCCUGCCACCAUUCUUAAGCCGGACUUGAGCAGUGGCAUUGAUCCAGAUGACUAUUUCAGCUCUAUUCCUUAUGAAAAGGGCUUCAACCUGUUGUAUCACAUCGAAAAGACCGUGGGUGGACCUGCCGUAUUUGAGCCUUUCAUGAAGGCUCAUGUCGAGCAAUUCGCAUCCCAGUCUAUUUCUACCGAGCAAUGGAAGGCAUUCCUCUACAAGUACAUGGAAGAACACCACGGCAAGGAAACGGUCGACAAGUUGAACACGAUCGAUUUUGAUACCUGGAUCAAUGGCAAGGGCAUGCCCCCAGUGGAUCCCAAGUUUGACACUACGUUGGCCGAUCAGUGCUAUGCACUUGCUACGCGCUGGGACGAAGCAAGAAACUCGGACGAUCUAUCUGGUUUCGCACCUUCUGAUAUUGAAAAAUUCACUUCUACACAAAAGAUUGUCUUCUUGGAACGAUUAACCGACUGUGAACCUCUGCCACACCGCCUUUUGGCUAAGAUGGACGAACUGUACAAGAUGACAGAAAUCCGCAACGCUGACGUCCGAUUCCGCUGGCAACAGCUUUGUGUGAUGGCCAGCUACAAGCCUAUAUAUCCUCACAUCGUUGAGUUCGUGACCGAGCAAGGCCGUAUGAAGUUUGUCAGACCACUGUAUCGUCUCUUGUACAAGGCUGAGGGUGGCGCUGAGUUGGCCAAGGAAACUUAUCUCAAGCACCGCAAGUUUUACCAUCCCAUUGCUUCAGCAUUGAUUGAGAAGGAUAUCGGACUUAAGGAAUAAAUGAAUUACGGAUUGUAUCUAUUUUGUAUUGUGAAAAAAUGACGAUAAAUGAGGUAGCAGAUACUAGUCUUGUGCGUCUCUCUUUCCAUGGCUAAACAUCCAUGUUUUGAUCUUCCAAUCCGUUCUGAUACUAAAAAAACAAUCUGAGUAGAUUUAGAUCGCUCGGAC